UAAAGAAAGAAACAAAUCCAGGAAAAAGAGAGUUUUUUGAAAUCUUUGUUCUUUUUUUUGUUCGAACUUGGUUUGAGGAAGAAGCAGCCAUGGAACUCCAGAACACAGUGAAGGAAGCCCUAAACGCUCUCUACCAUCACCCCGACGAUGGUGUCCGUUUGCAAGCCGAUCGUUGGCUCCAGAAUUUCCAGCGCACUCUCGACGCCUGGCAGGUGGCUGAUAACUUGCUUCACGAUGCCUCGAGCAAUCUAGAAACCUUAAUCUUUUGUAGUCAGACCCUUCGGAGUAAGGUACAGCGCGAUUUUGAAGAACUACCUUCUGAAGCUUUUCGGCCAUUGAGGGAUUCUUUAAAUAAUUUAUUGAGAAAGUUCCACAAGGGCCCUCCUAAAGUCAGGACGCAGAUUAGCAUUGCAGUUGCUGCCUUGGCCGUAUAUGUUCCGGCAGAAGAUUGGGGGGAUGGGGGUAUUGUAAAUUGGCUUCGGGAUGAGAUGAAUAUGCACCCAGAAUAUAUACCAGCAUUCUUGGAGCUACUCACGGUUUUACCUGAGGAAGUAUAUAACUAUAAGAUAGCAGCUCGACCAGAAAGACGCCGCCAAUUUGAAAAGGAGCUGACAUCACAAAUUGAGACUGCUCUUAAUAUCUUAACAGCUUGUCUGAACAUUAAUGAACUUAAGGAGCAGGUUCUUGAGGCUUUUGCUUCUUGGCUUCGACUAAAGCAUGGGAUCCCAGGAAGCGUGCUUGCAUCUCACCCAUUGGUGCUUACAGCUCUCUCAAGCUUGAAUUCUGAAAUACUUUCAGAGGCAUCAGUAAAUGUUAUUUCUGAGUUGAUACAUUAUACAGCAGCUGGGAGCUUCAAUGGCGUUCCUGCUCAUAUGCCCUUAAUUCAAGUGAUUGUCCCACAAGUAAUGAGUCUGAAGGCACAUCUUAGAGAUUCUUCAAAGGACGAGGAAGAUGUGAAGGCCAUUGCUCGAUUAUUUGCUGACAUGGGUGAUUCAUAUGUUGAACUGAUUGCAACUGGUUCUGAUGAAUCAAUGUUAAUAGUGCAUGCAUUGCUGGAAGUUGCUUCACACCCAGAAUAUGAUAUUGCUUCAAUGACGUUCAACUUUUGGCACAGUCUUCAGGUGAACUUGACCAAAAGGGUUUCAUUUGGUAAUGAAUCAUCCAUUGAUGCUGAGAGAAAUAGAAGGCUGCAGGUUUUUCGUCCAGCAUACGAAUCACUUGUAUCCCUAGUAAGCUUCCGAGUUCAAUAUCCUCAAGAUUAUCAGGACCUUUCAUACGAAGACCUCAAGGAAUUUAAACAGACUAGAUAUGCCGUGGCAGAUGUCUUAAUUGAUGCAGCAUCAGUUCUUGGUGGUGAUCCCACGCUUAAGAUUCUUUACACCAAGCUUUUUGAGGCUGUAAGCCGAUACAAGAAUGACGAACACAGUGAAUGGCGUCCAGCAGAGGCUGCUCUAUUUUGCAUUCGUGCUAUAUCAAAUUAUGUGUCAGUUGUUGAAUCUGAAGUAAUGCCGCAGGUUAUGAGUUUACUUCCGAAACUCACCCAACAUCCCCAGCUACUCCAGACAGUUUGCUUGACCAUUGGAGCAUAUUCAAAAUGGUUUGAUGCUGCUUCUAGCGGACUAUCUAUAUUGCCUUCAGUUAUAGAAAUCCUCAUGAGUGGCAUGGGUACAUCUGAAGAUUCUGCAGCCGCUGCAGCCCUAGCGUUUAGACAUAUCUGUGAUGAUUGUCGGAAAAAGCUUUGUGGAUGUCUGGAUGGCCUCUUCAACAUAUACCACACGGCAGUGAACGGUGAAGGUAGUUAUAAAGUCUCUCCUGAGGACUCGCUGCAUCUUGUUGAAGCAUUAAGCACGGUUAUUACAGAACUUCCUCCAAACAAUGCGAAGACAUAUCUAGAGGCACUAUGCUACCCGGUUGUUUCUCCUCUACAGGUGAUUUUCAUUUCACGUGUGGAACAACUUAUUUAUACCUUCGUUGUAGAUGAGACUACUGAUUUUGUUGUGGAAAACCAGGAAAUUGUCAACCAAGGCCCAGAGGUUUUAAAUAAGAAACCUGCUCGCGAGUUAACAGUUCAUAUUGAUCGAUUUGCCUAUAUUUUUAGAUAUGUAUAUCAUCCUGAAGCAGUAGCUGAUGCGAUUCAAAGGAUAUGGCCAAUUUUCAAAGCCAUCUUUGAUCUCCGUGCUUGGGACAUGCGGACAAUGGAAUCUCUUUGCCGUGCUUGCAAAUAUGCGGUGAGAACUUCUGGGAGGUUCAUGGGAAUCACAAUUGGAGCUAUGCUAGAAGAGAUCCAAUGUCUUUAUCAACAGCAUCACCAACCAUGCUUCCUUUAUCUCUCUAGUGAGGUUAUAAAGAUAUUUGGCUCCGACCCAACAUGUGCUAAUUAUUUAAAAAGUUUGAUAGAAGCACUCUUUAUUCAUACAACACGUCUUCUCACAAGUAUUCAGGAAUUUACCGCCAGACCAGAUAUCGCAGAUGAUUGUUUUUUGUUGGCAUCAAGAUGCAUUCGUUAUUGUCCUCAAUUAUUCAUUCCAUCUCCAGUAUUUCCAUCACUAGUAGAUUGUUCAAUGAUUGGGAUCACAAUACAGCACCGAGAGGCCUCAAAUUCAAUAUUGACCUUCUUAUCGGAUAUCUUUGAUCUUGCAAACUCUGGCAAAGCCGAACAGUACUUACCUAUAAGGGAUGCUGUUAUAAUUCCUCGAGGAGCCGUUAUCACGAGGGUUUUGGUUGCUGCACUAACUGGGGCUCUUCCAAGCUCUAGAUUAGAAUCGGUAACCUACACACUAUUGGCGCUAACCCGAGCUUAUCGGGCGCAAGCAGUGGAGUGGGCCAAAGAAAGUGUCUCACUAAUUCCAUUGACGGCAGUAACGGAGAUCGAGCGUUCCAGAUUUUUGAAAGCAUUGUCGGAUGCCGCAUGUGGAGCUGAUAUUAAUUCUUUGACGGUUCCGAUCGACGAGUUAUCAGACGUCUGUCGUCGUAACCGAACAGUCCAGGAGAUAGUUCAAGGAGCUUUGAGGCCUCUUGAGUUGAAUAUAAUACCUGUAUCAUAGGCAUGAUUCGGAGUUUUACUACACAAGAGGAGGCCAUUUUGCCAGGCCUCGCCUCGCCUGCCGGUAAAAUGAGUUGGGCGAUUGCGUAUUACAGUAUUAGCCUUUUUAUUUGUUUGUCUUGUAAUUUGUUGUGAUUCUCCAAUUUUUAAAGAGAAUCAUUGGUGGCCCUUUCAUAUUGGGUAAUUGGGUGAGAGUUGAUCAAUUCUUGUAUCUAUGUGUUGAUGAGUUGUGGGAUCUUUGAGUGGGUUUUCCUUUCUCUUGGCUUUGUCAUUUUUUGGGGAUAAAAAGAUCACAUGGUAUAGAGCUGUAGAUUAAGGUGAUGAAAGCAUUUUUAGGCUUCCAUAGGAGUGUUUCGUUCUUAUAGUCUUGGAUUCUUUAAAAAGACCCUUUUGCUAGUUGCUGUACAAAUUACAGAAAUUUUGAGUCUACUUUGUUCUGGUUAUUUUUAUUAUUGUUAGAAACGUUUGUAUUGCUUUUGUAAUCAACUGAUUUAAAGAAUUCCUUU